CAAACUUUUCGCAUAUUUUUCAUCACCAUGAAACUUUAUCCAUCCAACAAUAUCACAUAACAACCCUCCCUAGCUCCGGCCAGUCAUCCACCACCAAAAUUCACCGGAAAACACCAUUUCCGUCGUCAUGAGAACACUAGAACAAGAAAUAUCAUCAGAUCAAUUCCCUACGGCUCGAAUCCUUCUUGGCAUCUGGAUUUUCUCCGUUGUGUCUCUUAUAUUCAUAUAUCUUGGAUCCGACAAAGAUGGAUCUGUGUCAAUAACCAACAUAACCCACAGGUUUUACCAUCCUACACAUUUACCACCACCACAAUCACCAUCUCCAUCAUCAAAAGCUGAUGAAAACAGUUAUGGAGCUUUGUUAGAAGAGGCAUUGGCAAAAGUUUCAAACGAAAACAAAACUCUGAUCAUAGCCUUUGUGAAUAAAGCGUACAUAGAAGGAGAUAAACCGAUGCUGGAUAUAUUUCUUGAUGGGUUUUGGGUAGGAGAAGAUACAUAUAAGCUUACUAGACACCUUUUAGUCGUUGCAGUUGAUCAACCGGCUUACGACAGGUGCACCUUUUUACAAUUGCACUGCUACAAAUUGAAAACAGAAGGUGUCGAGACGCUUUUCAUGGCGGAUGAUUUACUACAAAUGAUGUGGCGAAGAACCCUUUUUCUUGGAGAUGUUCUUAAGCGUGGCUACAACUUUAUUUACACUGAUAUGGAUGUAUUAUGGCUAAGGGAUCCAUUUCCAAGGCUGAACCUCGACGAAAGCUUAGACCUUCAAAUCAGUGUUGAUAAGUUUAAUGGCGACCAGUGGUCGGAAGACAACCCGAUUAACACGGGGUUCUACAUGAUCAGAUCAAACAACAAAACAAUUGCUUUGUACGAUGAAUUGUAUGGAGAGAAAGACAAUUCAGUAGUAGGGAAGAACGAACAAGAAGUUCUAUUGGAUCUGAUGCGAAGAGGGGAGUUUGAAAGAUUAGGUCUUCAAGUAAGGUUUUUAGACACCAUCUUUUUCAGUGGAUUUUGUGAGAAUAGUAAAGAUGUUAAGAAGGUUUCCACUGUUCAUGCGAAUUGUUGUCGGAGCAUUAAGGCAAAGGAAUCUGAUUUGAUCAAGGUUCUUCAUGAUUGGAGGAGGUUUAAAGCUUCCUUCAACGAUGAUUUAUCAGAGUUUCAUUGGUCCGAUCACCGAGCUUGUCGUAAUUCAUGGAAUCGAAGAUGAUUGGAGUACUGUUUUGGACUUCACUUUUGUAAUAUUCUAUAAGUAUAUAAUAAGAAGAC